AUGACUACCCCAUUUCGUCUAUUCUCUCUUCCAUUUAUUCCUCUUAAACAAGUAUUAGACAACUUUGUACCAAAUGGAAUAAUAAUUCUCUCUCUGUGCUCCUUGAGAUCAAAAAGCAUUGCGGUUUCAUAUAGCGGACCUUCCAAAGAUGUUCAGCUGAUGCUAGAGUUUGGACCAGGGUUGGAGAGUCUGGAGGUAUCCAACACAAACACACUGUUGAGAGUGGACAAAACAGCAAAUAUUCCGAUGGAUGAGAUAUUGGAAACUGUCAGAAUUGGCAGUUUUGAGAAAGUUCCAGUGAAAAUAGAACAAGGACUUGGGGAGGAAAAACAUCUAAUCACAUAUUGGGAGGAUCGGAUGACUGGAGUGGCGGCGAUUGGGGAUUACGGUAGAGAGAUUUUCAAUCGGGAUAUUUAUGAAGUGAGGAUUGGAGAAAAAGAAGCAGAAGAUGAUCAUAGACGGGUGGCCGAAUGGGUUAAAAGUUCUCAAAAGACGAUUCAAAGCCUGGAUUGUAAUUUCAAACCAAAAAUCGAUAAUGAUCUCGAUUUCAUACUGGAAAACUUCAAGUAUACUCAUACUCUUGUACUUUAUGUGAAACCAUCUGAACAAUAUAGUCCUGCUAAACUUCCAAAUUUCCGAAUCGAUAGUCUUUAUAUUUAUAUUAGUUUCUGGAUCAAACAAGACCAUUUAUUGACGAUGGACUGCAAGUAUAUAGUGCUGGAAGGAUUAAAAUUGAGCAGCCGAGAUUUGAAUGUAUUCUUGAAACACUGGAUGGCUGGAGGAUGCUCUAAAUUAAAAGAAUUGCGCGUUAUAACCGGGGAAUCAAUCGAUUAUCAAAUUGUCUUAGAUGGUGUAGAGUUCACAGAAAGAGGAAGAGAUGUGGAAAGGGUUUAUGUCGAUGAAGAUGAAAGCCACCGUACUAUAAAAGGAGGUUUCGAUACCAAACGACCGAGUGAUAGUGUCAAAGUGACUAUCAACAUCGAGGGUGGGAACUCGAGAUUUUUUAUGAUGAUUGUUUGGCCAGAUUUCGCUGGAAAUUCCUAUUGA